CGCGAGUUUCGCACGCAGCGGUACGAUAACAACAAUGCACUGCUCAUGUAUGUCCGCAUCCAGGUUGGGCAAGCGUUAUGCAGCGCUUUGCUGGAUAGCGGCGCGACUCGCAACUUCAUGAGCCAGUCUUUUAUGCAAAGAGCUGGCCUUGGCGCACAAGUUCGGAGAAAGGCAAACCCGACGGCGAUCAAGUCGGCGAAUGGAAAGACGCAGCAACUACUCGACCGUUACAUCGAGGCCGUACCGGUCUACUUCGCACCUCAUGCAUGCGAACCGGUGACAUUCGAUAUUCUCGACACGGACUUCGACAUCAUUCUGGGAAUGCCUUGGCUUGCAAGUGCGGAUCACACGGUCAACUUCCAUCAGUGGACUCUUAGCGUUCGCAACGCCUUCGGCGCGGAAGUGGCGUGUACGAUUCCUCYACCGCACUCUUCGAUCCGGUGCCAAGUAGUGACGGCCAAAUCAUUCCGGGCAACUUGUGCUUACGAGCAGCCCGAGGAGAUCGGUAUAUGUUUCCUACGGACCGUCGCGGUAGCCAACUCUUCACCCASGGACUUGUCUUCGGACCCCCGUGUGGUACGGUUGCUGGACGAGUUCGCCGACAUCUUCGAGUCACCUACCGGUGUGGUGUUGGGUCGGCCGAUCUCUCACGAGAUCAUUCUUGAGGCCGGUGCCGUGCCGCCGAAAGGUUGCAUCUAUCGGAUGAGCGAGGAGGAGCUUGAGGUACUCCGCGCACAGCUCGAUGAUUUGUUGGCCAAGGGCUGGAUCCGCCCGAGUAGCUCCCCAUAUGGAGCACCAGUUCUCUUCGUCAGGAAGCAGAACAAGGAUCUACGAUUGUGUAUCGACUACCGCAAGCUCAACGCGCAAACUGUCAAGAAUGCGGGGCCUCUUCCUCGCAUCGACGAUCUUCUCGAGCGGCUGGGCGGUGCGAAGUAUUUUUCCAAGUUGGAUUUGAAAUCAGGAUAUCAUCAAAUCUCGAUUCAGCUGAAUGAUCGCUAUAAAACCGCAUUCAAGACGCGGUACGGGCAUUUUGAGUGGGUGGUCAUGCCUUUUGGCCUCACCAACGCCCCGGCGACWUUCCAGGCGGCGAUGACCAAUGAGUUCCGUGCAAUGUUGGACCGGUUCGUGCUGGUCUACUUAGACGAUAUUCUCGUCUACAGCCGGACAUUGGAGGAUCAUCUUGGACAUCUUCGACGAGUGUUGGAGACGCUCCGCCGUGCCAAGUACAAGGCCAACCGCGACAAGUGCGAAUUUGUCCGGCAAGAGCUGAAAUACUUGGGCCAUUUUGUCACACCAGAGGGCAUCAGUCCGCUAUCGGACAAGAUUCAGGCCAUCCAAGCGUGGCCGGAGCCUUGGAACGUCACGGAUGUCCGCUCGUUCCUCGGUCUUACCGGCUACUAUCAGCGCUUCAUCAAAGGCUACUCCAAGAUCGCAGCCCACUUGAACAAGCUUCAGUGCGAGGAUCGGCCGUUUGACUUUGGAGAGGAGGCGCGAGGAUCAUUCUUCGCUCUCAAAGCCGCGCUAUUGUCUGCGGAGGUCUUGCGAAUCUACGACCCGCUCGCGCCUACACGUGUCACUACGGAUGCAUCAGGCUAUGGCAUUGGUGCAGUCCUCGAGCAACAUGAUGGUGUGGACUGGCACCCGGUCGAGUACUUCAGCAAGAAAGUACCACUCGUGCAUUCCAUUGACGAUGCACGCAAGAAGGAGCUCCUCGCCUUCGUCCACGCGCUCAAGCAGUGGCGGCACUUCCUCCUUGGUCGAAGCCAAUUUCGCUAGGUAACGGACAACAAUCCGUUGGUCUUCCACAAGACCCAAGACACCGUCA